UGGUCUCCUGCCGACGACGCAAGCUCAUCUACACUCCGGGAAGGUCUCCUGCCCCACAGUGAAGACGCCUGCCCCAUGGGGGACCCUGUGAUCCGCAUACCCCCCUACCACUAUGUCCAUGUGCUGGACCUCAACAGCAACAUCACUCGCGUGGAGGUUGGGCCCCACACCUACAUCCGGCAGGAUCACGAGAGGGUGCUGUUCGCCCCCCAGCGCAUGGUGAUGGUGCCCCCCCGGCACUACUGUGUGGUGCUCAACCCCGUGGCCCGGGGCCCUGCGGGGUCCGUGCUGGUGGAUGGAGCGGGGCAGGCCCGUCUGCGGCACGCCGACCUCGAUAUCCGCCUGGCCCAGGAGCCCUUCCCCCUAUACCCUGGCGAGGAGAUCCAGCAGGGCAUCACCCCACUACAGGUGGUGCUGGCUGACACCGCCCUGCGCCUGCGGGCCCUGCUUGACUUCAAGGACGAGGACGGGAACAAGUUCGUGGCAGGAGACGAGUGGCUCUUCGAAGGGCCUGGCACCUACAUCCCCCGCAAGGAGGUGGAGGUGGCUGAGACGCUGCAGGCCACUGUCAUUGGGCACAACCAGGCCAUCCGCCUGCGAGCACGCAAGGAGUGCCUCGACCGCUAUGGCACCCGCCGUGUCACAGGUGAGGAGUGGCUGGUGAAGCAGGUGGGCGCUUACCUGCCCGGUGUCUACGAGGAGGUGGUUGACGUUGUGGACGCCUACAUCCUCACUGACAAGAAAGCCCUGCACCUGCGGGCAACGCGGACCUUUGAGGACGAGCAAGGCCGGGUGCGGCGCACCGGUGAGGAGUGGCUGGUGACCCAGGCACAGAGUGAGGCCUACAUCCCAGAGGUGUUCGAAGAGGUGGUGGCUGAGGUGGCGGUGACGACACUGGGCCCCCGGCAGUACUGCGUGGUGCUCGACCCUGUGGGGCCCAACGGGCAGCCCCAGCUGGGCCAGCAGCGCGUUGUCAAGGGGGAGAAGUCCUUCUUUCUGCAACCGGGUGAGCGGCUCCAGGCUGGCAUCCAGGAUGUCUAUGUGCUCUCUGAGGAUGAGGGGCUGCUGCUCCAGGCGCUCCAGACCAUCAAGGACACCAAUGAGGAGGGGACGGAGGUGAUGCGGCGGGCGGGUGACCGCUGGCUGGCCCGGGGCCCCCUCGAGUACGUGCCACCAGCCGAGGUGGCUGUGCUGGAGCGACGCCGGGCUGUGGCCCUUGCUGACAAUGAGGGCAUCUACGUGCGUGACAUCCGCACUGGCAAGGUGCGGGUGGUGACGGGCCAGACCUACAUGCUGACGGAGGCCGAGGAGCUGUGGGAGAAGGAGCUGGCCCCCGGGGUGGAGGCACUGCUGGCCGAAGCCCAUGGAGACACCAGCGGCAUGGAUGCCUGGGUCCACUCCUCCUCCAGCCCGGAUACUGGGGUCCACCAACGCGACCGCACCCGUGCCGUCACCUACCAGGUGCCCCACAAUGCCGCUGUGCAGGUCUACGACUACCGGGAGCGGCGGGCACGGGUGGUGCUGGGCCCCGAGCUGGUGGUGCUGGGUCCCGGAGAGCAGCUGACGGUCCUGUCACUCUCGGCGGGGCGCCCCAAGCGUCCCCAUGCCCGCCGCAGCCUCUGCCUCCGCCUCGGCCCUGACUUCUGCGCUGACAUCGUCACCAUCGAGACGGCUGACCACGCCCGCCUCCAGCUCCAGCUGGCCUAUAACUGGCACUUCGAGGUGCCGGAGGACCCCAAGGCCCUGGGGCGCCUCUUCAGCGUCCCCGACUUCGUGGGCGACGCCUGCAAGGCCCUGGCCUCCCGCGUGCGUGGCGCUGUGGCGGCUGUCACCUUCGACGACUUCCACAAGAACUCCAAUCGUCUUAUCUGCUCGGCUGUAUUUGGCUUCGAUGAGGGCGGGCGGCUGCGAGAGCAGCUCUGCUUCGCUCCCAACGGGCUGGUGGUGACAAGCGUCGACAUCCAGAGCGUGGAGCCCGUGGACCAGCGCACCCGUGAUGCCCUGCAGCGCAGUGUCCAGCUGGCCAUCGAGAUCGCCACCAACUCCCAGGAGGCUGCCGCCAGGCACGAGGCAGAGCGGCUGGCACAGGAGGCCCGGGGACGCCUGGAGCGGCAGCGCAUCCUGGACCAGGCGGAGGCCGAGCGGGCGCGCAGAGAACUGCUGGAGCUCGAGGCCCUCAGCGUGGCAGUGGAGAGCACAGGGGCGGCCCGGGCGGAGGCGCAGGCUCGGGCAGAGGCCGCCCGCAUCGAGGGCGAAGCUGCCAUCCUGCAGGCCAAGCUGAAGGCUGAGGCCAUCGCCAUAGAGACGGAGGCAGAGCUGUCACGGCUGGAGCGGGUGCAGGCCCAGGAGGUGCAGGCCCAGCGGGCGCGGGGGGAGGCAGAGGCGGCACGGGCCCAGGCGCUGGCAGCCGUGGAGGCCUCGCGGGUGCGGGAGGUAGCGGCCGCCCUGGGGCCCGACACCAUCCGAGACAUCGCCCGGGCCGGGCCCGAGCUCCAGGUGAAGCUGCUGCAGAGCCUGGGGCUGCAGUCCACCCUCAUCACCGAUGGCACCGCCCCCCUCAACCUCUUCACCACCGCCCGGGGGCUGCUGGGGCUGGCACCUCCCCCGGAAAGCUCUGCCCCCCAGGGCCCCACCCCCUGA